AUGCUCUCAAAGAUCUUUCCCGGGACUUGCAGAAGGGAGAUGGCACGGCAGCAGCUGUCUGGGCGGGUAGGGACCUCCUCCUUCCCAGGCUUUACACCACCCUCACCUCCGCCUCCUUCAAGUCGUCAGGAGUUUCCAGAUGGUCGUCUUGUUGAUCCCACUCCUGCCUGGACAGGUGGCCUUGGUGGGGCAAGGCUGCGGGUGCUCUCCCCCAGGGCAGUGUUUGAUGGCGCCCCUGGGAUUAUGAGUGAGGCAGUGACAUCCCCCCUGCCCCCCGCCCGCUCCCUCUCCCCCAAGACCCUUGAGGCCAGGUCGUUCGGUUCUUGUGUGCACGUGGUGAGACAAGACCUGGCGAGUGCACGAGUCAGUGGUGUGCACGUGGCUCACUACAUCAGCCUUUUAAUGAUGGAAUCAGCCAUGUGUGGUACAGAGAAUACAGUGUUUGUGGUGAAGCUCCUCGCCACACUUGCACGUGGCGGGCGUUCCCCUUCCCUGGGGAAUGCACGGCUCUCACCACCACCACCACCACCACCACCACCACCGCCACACUCACACCCGUGCAUCCACUUACGAGAACGUGACAAACCUGCCACCACUUGUAGUAAACUUGUAACUCAACACAGAAAUGAAGAAAGCAUCAACCUGACCAAGUUGAGGUGA